ACUGUUGUAAGUCUUGGUGGAGAAUUGGUAGAUUCUGUUUAUGAAUGUACACAUCUUGUCACAGAUAAGGUGAGAAGAACUGUGAAGUUUUUAUGUGGGUUAUCACGUGGUAUUCUUAUCGUCAAUUCACAGUGGUUAGAAAGCUCAAGACAAGCACAUAGAUUUCUUGAUGCCACGUCAUAUAUUGUUAAGGACAAUUCAGCCGAGCAGCAGUAUGGCUUCCAAUUAUCCGAGUCUAGAGAGAAAGCACUGAAUGGUGGAGUGUUACAAGGCUAUAAAAUACAUGUGACAAGUAAAGUAGCCCCGGGACCACAACAGAUGAAGGAUAUUAUCAAAUGUGCUGCAGGAGAGGUGGAUUAUUUACAAAUGAAGGUAGUAGUGGAAUUGGAAAAAGAAAAUCAUCAGAGUCUGCAGCAGGCAGUCAGUCUAAACGAAGAAAAAGAUGAAUUCUGCUGUCAAAGUUGA